CCUCCUCCUCCAACUCCCCUCGCCCUCAGACUCCGCUCGCGAGCCCCCGACUCCGCGCCCGCCCGCCACUUUCCGUCCCGCCCCGAAGGUGGGAGCGCAUCCGCCCCGGCCGGCACCAUGGUACGGUUCGUCUUGCCCGCGCUGCUCUGCACCCUGGCCGCGCUCAGCGCCGCGCUGCUGGCUGCCGAGCUCAAGUCGAAAAGUUGCUCGGAAGUGCGACGUCUCUACGUGUCCAAAGGCUUCGACAAGAACGAUGCCCCCACGCACGAGAUCAACGGUGAUCAUUUGAAGAUUUGUUCCCAGGGUUAUACCUGCUGCUCCCAAGAGAUGGAGGAGAAGUACAGCCUGCAAAGUAAGGAUGAUUUCAAAAGUGUGGUCAGUGAACAGUACAAUCAUUUGCAAGCUGUCUUUGCGUCCCGCUACAAGAAGUUUGAUGAAUUCUUCAAAGAACUACUUGAAAAUGCGGAGAAAUCCCUGAAUGACAUGUUUGUGAAGACAUAUGGUCACUUGUACAUGCAAAAUUCCGAGCUAUUUAAAGAUCUCUUCGAAGAGUUGAAGCGCUACUAUGUGGCGGGAAAUGUGAACCUGGAAGAAAUGCUGAAUGACUUCUGGGCCCGCCUCCUGGAGCGGAUGUUCCGCCUGGUGAACUCCCAGUACCACUUCACGGACGACUAUCUGGAGUGCGUGAGCAAGUACACGGAGCAGCUGAAGCCCUUUGGAGAUGUCCCUCGGAAACUGAAGCUCCAGGUCACUCGUGCAUUUGUAGCAGCCCGCACUUUUGCUCAGGGCUUAGCAGUUGCAAGAGAUGUAGUGAGCAAAGUCUCGGUGGUAAAUCCCACAGCCCAGUGUACCCAUGCCCUGUUGAAGAUGAUCUACUGCCCCCACUGCCAAGGUCUCGUGACUGUGAAACCCUGUUACAACUACUGCUCCAACAUCAUGAGAGGUUGUUUGGCCAACCAAGGGGAUCUUGAUUUCGAGUGGAACAAUUUCAUAGAUGCUAUGCUGAUGGUGGCCGAGAGGUUAGAGGGUCCUUUCAAUAUUGAAUCGGUCAUGGAUCCCAUCGAUGUGAAGAUUUCGGAUGCGAUUAUGAACAUGCAAGAGAACAGCGUGCAGGUAUCUCAGAAGGUUUUCCAGGGAUGUGGACCCCCUAAGCCUCUCCCAGCUGGUCGGAUUUCCCGUUCCAUCUCUGAAAGUGCCUUCAGUGCCCGCUUCAGACCCUUUCACCCCGAGGAGCGGCCAACCACAGCAGCUGGCACUAGUUUGGACCGACUGGUUACUGACGUCAAGGAGAAACUGAAACAGGCCAAGAAGUUCUGGUCCUCUCUUGCUAGUAACGUCUGCAACGAUGAGAGGAUGGCCGCGGGAAACGGCAAUGAGGAUGACUGCUGGAAUGGAAAAGGCAAAAGCAGGUACCUGUUUGCAGUGACAGGAAACGGAUUAGCCAACCAGGGCAAUAAUCCGGAGGUCCAGGUUGACACCAGCAAACCGGACAUACUGAUCCUUCGUCAAAUCAUGGCUCUUCGAGUCAUGACCAGUAAAAUGAAGAAUGCUUAUAAUGGCAAUGAUGUGGACUUCUUUGAUAUCAGCGAUGAGAGCAGUGGAGAAGGAAGUGGAAGUGGAUGUGAGUAUCAGCAGUGCCCUUCGGAGUUCGAGUAUAACACCACUGAACACUCUGGGAAGAGUGUCAACGAUAAAGCCAGCAGCGCUGGGGUCCCCGCUGGGGCCCGACCCUACUUCCUCACUGUCUUCUGCAUCUUGUCACUGGUUAUGCAGGGAGGAUGGAGAUAAUUCCUAACCUUAGAGAAAACGUGUUCAUCAUCAAAAAGUUAAAAAGGCACCGGUUAUCACUUUUAUACCAUCCUAGUGACUUUGCUUUUUAAAGGAAUGGACAGCAAUGUACAGUUUUUACUAUGUGGCCACUGGUUGAAAAGAUGCUGACUUUGUUUUUUCAUUCAGUUUUGCGGGAAAAGGGGACUCGUACGUAAGUAAGGUCAGUCCUGCUCCCUCAGAAUCAUGUUAAAUGUGGCUAACAGUGUAGGUACAGAACUGUAGUUAGUUGUGCAUUUGUGAUUUUUAUCACUCUGUUUGUUUGUUUUUUUUUUUUGUUUUGUUUCGUUUUUUUGUGGGUUUUUUUUUUUUCUUCUUCUUCAGUACGGUCUCACCUUGUUUCUUACAAGAAAACCAGGGUCCUUUCUUGGCAUGUAACAUGUACGUACUUCUGAACCAUUAAAUAGCUGUACAGAAGCAGGUUUUAUUUAUCAUGAUAUCUUAUUAAAAGAAAAAGCCCAACAAGCAGUCAAAUGGCCAUUUAUCCCUGUUGUUUUUAGUUGCCUUAUCUGGAGAGAAGAGGAGGUCAUGUUUCAAAUUUUUUAUUAAGUUAGGACAGAAUGUGAAGGCGCAAGGGGGCUUCGGAGUCACUUGUUAGGUUGUGUUCAAAAACUGAUGCAAGAAGAAGAUACUACUUCAUUUAUAGCUGGUGACUGGAAGAGACUGCAGACUACCCAUUUUGGUUGAGUUGGAUUGUAUGAACUAAGAUCAGAGGUCUGUUUCUUGAAGCUGCUUAUACUUAAAGUGUAGUCCAUCUAGAAGAUUCCUGAUGCAUUCUCCCUCGAAAGGUAAAAGGCAUGCAGGAUAUCCUAGUUAUCACCUGUUCACACUUAGUUUGGGGGUGGGUUCGGUUUGGUUUGGUUUUUUUAUCCAGGCAAGUUAGCACACACACUGUGUGUGGGUCUUCGUGUCCACACUUGGCCCUCCUUGAAUUGAUAUCCCAACAAUCUCAUUUGGUCCUUCUUGUUCCAGAUUUCAACCCCUGUCAUAUAGAGGGAGCUGUCUGGGGGCUAGCCAGAACUGGGGUACAGCCUGGGCUCAGGGAGUAACUAUCAACAUUCAAGCAAAGUUUUCGUCCAAGCAGGUUUAUUUGCGUUUAAUUUUGGAUCCCAGGUUUCUUGGUUUUUUUUUUUUUUUAAGAGAUUUAAGGUGUCUUAUUUGAGUCUUUUUCUCUCCCAGCCCCAUCUGAUCGGAUAGGCAAGGGUCUUGCCAUGCGUGGUUCACAGCUGUGUGCUACCCUAUCAGCCAAGUAGCCCACUUGGGGAGACCUGAGUGUC